AUGGCUCGAGUCACCUUCGUUUGCUGCCUGGCUAGCGCUGCAGCAGGAGUUUGGCUUGCUGCUGCGCCUCCAGCAGCAGCAAUUUCCCCGCCUUUGCCUCGCUUUGCCCUGGCCCCGGAGGCUGAAGAGCCUUCUGCUGCAGCAGCAGCAGCAGCAGCAGAAGAGGAGGACCUGGCGGCCUUCCUGGAGGCCUCCCCGCCCGGCGGGGAGGGGGGGGCCCCCGAGAGCCCCGAGGGCUCUCCCGAGGGGGCCCCGGAGGGGGCCCCCGUGGGGGCCCCCGGGGGGCCCCCCGGGGGGGCCCCCGGGGCCCCCGGGGCCCCCGGGGCCCCCGGAGGGUCUGUGAGGCUGCGAGUGACCACAGAAGGAGAGGGGCCCCUGAGCAGCGACUCCGCAUCCCGGGGGGCCCGAGGGUACCAGGCCUACUUGGCUUCCGCUGAACAAGCAGAGGGGGCCCCCCCUGCUGCAGCAGGAGAGGGCCCCUCGACCUCGGGGGGCCCCCCCCCCGCGAAGCGGCGGCGCACCUCCCUGGGGGCCCCCCCUGCAGCGGGGGGCCCCCUGGCCCGCCGCUGGGAACAACCUGCUGCUGGCACUGCAGCAGCAAUCCGGCAGCAGCUGGAACAAAGGGAGCAGCAGCGGCAGCGCGAGCAGCAGCUGCAGCACGUGCAGCGAACCCCCGGAAGAGCAGCAGCAGUGCAGGCGCGGCUGAACGCGUGGGUGGCUGAGGGCAAUAAAUUGCCAGAGGCGGAGAGAAGAAGAAGAAUGUUAGAACAAUAUAUGCAGUUAGAAAAAGUUAAAAACUUGAGAAAAAAAUUAGAUGAAGACGCAGAAGCCAGGGCCAAAUAUAUCGAAGGAGAGUUCAGAAAAAACCCCCACUGGGGGCCCCUCAAGGCCGAAAACCCUUUGCUGCCUUAUGCCCAAAGAGAAGCCGAUGAGGCCUAUAGGCGCUUCGGCCGGGGCCUCCCGCCCGCGUCGCCUCUCAGGGAGAAGCUGCUGCAGGCCCGCAGAAAGUGA